UCAGAGAGGAAAGAUCAGACCUGCUGAACAAACGCUCUAUUCAGGACUCUGAGAACUAAGUGCUUAUAAGGGAUUAUAUUUCAGCUUCUGUUCCGCUCUCUUCACUGAUACCGACACAGACACCCAACUUCCUCUCAGACUCAGUCCUGAAACCUCCCAGCCCGGGUCCACUCCACCCAGAAUACCUGAAGAGGCGUGGCUACAGGAAAGGGCGUGGUUUGGCUGUAGGUAUGUUUACACACAUUCAGACACACACACACACACACACACACUUAAAGGUUUCACUCCGAUCUUCCACACACAGACGCUCAGUGUUCUACAGACAGCAGGAGGAGCCGACGCAGAACCCAAACCUCACCUGCUGGAGCUCAGAACCACCAUGAGGUCUCAGGAGAACGAGUCCAGAACUGAGGAACCUCAGACAGAGACCAUGAGUACUGUGAAAGAGGAGCAGGAAAUCCAGAAAGACAUACAGGAGGAACCACAAAAGAUCAAAGAGGCAGGAGGAAAAGAAGAACCGCUUCCAGCCCUAUCCCCUUCAGGUGAAGAUGACGUAGUGUGCGACUCGUGUAUCGAAAGCCCACGUCAAGCCACAAAGUCCUGCCUCACCUGCCUGGUGUCCUACUGCGAAGCCCACCUGAGACCCCACCUGGAGAACCCCAAGUUCCAGAGCCACCGGCUGGUGGAGCCGCUGAGGGACGUGGAGAGGCGGAUGUGUGAAGCCCACGACUGCCCGCUGGAGCUGUACUGCAGCGUGGACGCCUGCUGUGUGUGCCAGGAGUGUGUAUCAGUGGACCACCAGGGACAUGAUACACUGCCCAUCCCCCAGGCCCGGCAGAACGCUGAGAAAGAGCUUCAGGACAAGCAGACAGAGGUGUCUCAGACCAUCACAGGAGCAGAAAACUCCAUCAACAAGCUGCAAAGCAACAUCUCCGCUGUAGAGGUGUGUGUUCAGGAUGUUCGGGCGGUGCUGCAACAGCAGUUCUCAGUGCUGCAGGCGGCGGUGGAGCAGGUCCGGGCGGAGCUGGCGAAGGCGCUGGAAGGCGAGCAGCAGCACGCGCUCGCUCAGGCCCAGAGCGUCCGACAGCACCUGGAGCAGCGCUGCACCGAGCUGAAGAAAACACACACACACCUGGAGAAACUCGCCAAGAACAAGAACGAUGUCGACUUCCUACAGGAGUACUCGCAGUGGAGGAAGAGCAAUCGGGAUGUGUGUGUUCCUGCAGUGUGUAUCAGUCUGACGGACCACCUGCAGUCCUUCAGCAGCAUCAUCACAAACACCACCCAGCAGCUGUGUGACAGUGUGCUUAACUCAUACUGCAACACACUCAAACAGGCCUGCUCUACUGGUAACACACCUGUCCAGCCCGCAUGUGAGGACAUCAGUACUGUAAAGCAGAACAUAACACUACCUGAGCCUAAGAGCCGCGAGGACUUCCUUAAAUAUGCCUCUCCGCUAAGUUUCGACUCCAGCACGGCACAUCAGUUCCUGCGCCUGACGGAAGACGGUAGGAAGGUGACCAACACCACGCCCUGGCAGCACAGCUACCCGGAGCGUCCCGAGCGCUUUGUCCACUGGAAGCAGGUGCUGGCUUCCCACAGCUUCUACCAGGGCCGGCACUAUUUUGAGGCGGACAUCAGCGGCGAGGGCGUCCAUGUUGGAGUGACGUCCGGCUGCAUUGCUCGCCAGAGUGCUGAAAGCAACGGCUGCCUGACGGGACACGGCGCCUCCUGGUGUCUGCAGUGGAACGGACGAGGGUUCUCAGCCUGGAACGAGGGACAGGAAAUGCCCAUCAGCGCCCCCAAGUCCACCAGAGUGGGCGUCUAUCUGGACUUUGCUCAAGGCUCUCUGGCCUUUUAUGCAGUGGAUGGAGGGAUGACUCUUCUGCACCGGUACCAGGCAGAGCUGAGGGAACCACUGUACCCCGCCUGUUGGCUGCCCAAGAAGGAGAAUGUGGUGAUGCUGGUGGAACCUGGACAGGAGAUGCCACUGAAAAGCCCCUCACCACCCUGCUCACCACCAUAAGACACACAUGUAGACUUCUCUAAGGGUUGGCGACAAGACAAUGACAUUGUUACUGCUGUUGUUUUUUGUGAUACGAUGUUACUAUACUUAUCACUGUGGAAUGCUGACCUCCUUAAUGGACCAUAAAAAGACUUUGGACAGACUAUAGAAUAUUAUAUGUAUCAGUAUCAACAUCACUUAUGACUGCAAGAGAAAUGCUUGAAAAUGAUAUUUCAAAUUGUAAGCAAAACCGAAUGAGGUCUUCCUUGAGUUGACAGCGUUCCAAUCAUUUUUAAAACAUACUUUUAAAGGUUUGUAGGUAAUUUACCUGUGUUUUAAUGCAAUUUAAGACAAAAUAUGUCCCACUUUUUUGUUUCAGGUUUGCGUUAAUAUGACUUUACCAGCUUAGCAUGGUGCCAACAUAUCUAAACCCAAUGAAACCAUGUCCACAGAUAGAAGUUGAGCAGUACUGUGUGUUAAAUGAGACACCAAUUGAUAGAAGUGAUAAUAAACUGUUUAAUAAUACUACUGUUUUAGCUACUGUUGAUGUGUGGGACAGCCAUCUUGGAUUUCUGAACUUCAGAACUUUUCAAGUAGGAAAUCCAGCCUGUUGAGACGUUCUAGUUAAAGUGUCAAACGUGGACCUCAAAAUGUCUAAAUUUAAAUAGAAAAUGUGAAAUAAUCCUUUAAUUUAAUGUUAAUGCUCAAACCUAUAGCUAAUGUUCUAGUCAUGUACAACUACUAGUCUAGUCUUUAGUAUGAUAUGCUGUGAAAUAAUUAAAUAUUGGCUGAUUACAGUUGUUGUGGUCCUGCAUGCUGUAAUACUGCCCUAAAAUAUCUGUAUUUCAUUUUAUUUGACUGUAUUGAGAAGCUCUACUAAUAAAUGUUUGAAAUUUGUUCCUA